AUGUGCGGCGGAGAAAUGAUCGCGGAGUUCAUCCAAAGCCACCGUGCCGGCACCCUCACACCCUCCCAACUGUGGCCCAAAACAUUAGCCAACCACGACCAACACCAACGUUCUCACCCUCGGCAGCAUCAACAACCAGAGUCAUCCCAAGCUCCCCCAGCGAAGAGGCAGAGGAAAAACUUGUACAGAGGGAUAAGGCAGCGGCCCUGGGGCAAAUGGGCCGCGGAGAUUCGCGACCCAAGUAAAGGGGCCCGUGUGUGGCUCGGCACCUUCAACACCGCCGAAGAAGCUGCGAGGGCCUACGACAAAGAAGCCCGGAAAAUCCGAGGGAAAAAGGCCAAAGUCAAUUUCCCACACGAGGACUAUCCUCUACGCAAGACCCUCGACAUGGACUUGUGUUACGAUCGCAACCAAACAGAGCCUUUCCCUUCUCAGCCUUACCCCGCAGCGCCAAACGAAGAGGUAAAUAACAACGUGGAGAAGCAUUCGGAGGAGCUUAUGACUUACGAGAACUUCAUGAGGUUUUAUCAGAUUCCUUUCUAUGACGCCCAAUCAGCACCUCCAUCUACUGCGCAGGAAAACGUGGAUUUGGGUUUCAAAGACGCCUGUGGGCGCCUCCGGCUAUUCUCACUUCUCAAAUUUACCCGCGGCAUACCGGCAGGCACAGCUUCACCAACAGUUGCAGCAGAAAUGGUUUCGCUGAAACUGCAGAAGCGCCUCGCCGCAAGCGUUCUCAAGUGCGGCAGAGGAAAGGUUUGGCUUGAUCCCAAUGAAGUUAACGAAAUCUCCAUGGCCAAUUCUCGCCAAAACAUAAGGAAGCUGGUUAAGGAUGGGUUUAUUAUCAGGAAGCCCACCAAGAUUCACUCUCGCUCACGUGCCCGUCGAAUGAAGGAAGCCAAGAGGAAAGGACGUCACUCUGGAUAUGGUAAGCGUAAAGGUACAAGGGAGGCAAGGCUUCCUACUAAAAUCCUUUGGAUGAGGAGAAUGCGUGUGCUCAGACGCUUGCUUCGCAAGUACAGGGAGUCUAAGAAGAUUGACAAGCACAUGUACCAUGACAUGUACAUGAAGGUUAAGGGUAAUGUUUUCAAGAACAAGAGGGUUUUGAUGGAGAGCAUACACAAGUCCAAAGCUGAGAAGGCAAGAGAGAAGACCUUAUCUGAUCAGUUCGAGGCCAAACGUGCCAAGAACAAGGCCAGCAGAGAAAGAAAAAUUGCCCGGAGGGAGGAGCGAUUGGCACAAGGUCCAGGAGAAAAGUCAGCAGCUGCACCCAGUGCUCCAGCUGCUACCGCGUCACAGCCUGCCCAAGCACCAAAGAAAUCCAAGAAGUAA